GAGUCCUCGGUUGAACUUGUAAGAGGGGCUACUGCUUCAGGGAUCUCAAGUCUCCCAAUCCUGUGUUGAUCUUGCGCUUCAACCAUGGGCGUACGUGUCUUCCUUAUCCGAAGCUGUAUUGCCAGAUACUGAGGCGAAGGGACCGCAGCUCCAGUCUGGCGACGCCGUCCGCAUUCGAGGCUCAACGGUGGUGUACAAGGUGGUUGCUGUCAACGGCAGCCUAAUCACCAUCAUCGUCUCGAAUCCGCAGCCGGACGGCCAGUAUCUCCCCUUCACGCCCUCGGCACUGCAGACGGUGGACGAAUCGCGGCUCGAGCGAGCCGACGAUGUGUCCUGAGGCUUAUCCCCGGGGUGGGGAUUGUCGGAGCUUCUGAUUUCCCGUCGAUAUCGUUCUUUUUUUUUUCGAUGUCUAGAGUCAGGCUUGCUGGUUUGCUUUCCUGGAGGCGUGGCGCUGAAGGACUCUUUGUUACGCGGCGUCUUGACAUAUCUUACACAUACCCAUCUGCUCGACCGCUGCGAAGCGUGGAAGCAAGGGCCCAUAUACGUUACCGUACGUAUAGAAUCAUUUCCUUGCGUACACUGCAUCCUUCGGCUUCCCUGCCUCCAUUCAACGAUUCGUGACCGCCAAUUUCGCCACGGCUCGGGUGACACAGCAUCACCAGUCAGGUCUUCGACUUUCCGCGCAGCACAUAAACGAGAGGAGGCGUAUUCGCCCUCCAAGACGGAGACUGUUUCCUUUUGUUCCGGUGCCUGAAAUCGGAAACGGGAUCCAGUGUCUUUGGAGAAGGCCAUGUCUGGAUCUGAGUUGGUGCUGGUCAUCUUGGUAACUCGGGACGUUUGAAUGUUUGGUUGGCGUUGAAAUGUGGAUCUCUGGUCCGCGAACUGGAAGGGUUUUUUGGCGCCGACUUGGUGUCCGGAUAGAAGAGCAAGCGGAAGGAAAGUGGUGCUUGGAUUGCCGGGCCGGCUCUUCCUGUUUCAACAAACUGAGGCGAUGACGGCCGAAUUCCGCAAUGCUCCUGCCA